AUUGAUUACACACUUGAGACUCAAGAUAUCUCCUUUGGCCUCUGCUGGUACAACAUGGAGCCAGAUAACAACGUCGACGAUUUACAAAGCAUUAACAACAAAACACUUGGUACAAAUGCAAACACAUUUCCAAUUAUAACGCUUCCAAAUGGGCAGAAAGUUCCAACAGGAACUGUGGGAGCGUUGCUUGUGAAUAUUAAAACCUAUGACGCCAGCGAAGAAAGCCAGAGAAGGCAAAUAGAGCCAGCAUUACGAGCAGCGAUACCUAUUUUACAACAAGUUGGCAUGUUCGAUCUCUUUCGACCGGAGGAGUGGGUUAAGGGAGGAAGUCCCGGAAGGGCCUUUGUUGGAAAAGUAGCAAUGGAAAUGCAUGUGGAUAGCAAGACAGAGGCUUGAAGAAAUUAAAGAUACUCUCAUCAAAUACAUGAUUCGUCAGCUGGCUAACUUUGCCCAUGUUAUUUUUGGCCUCUAAACCAAUAUGAAC